UCCCGUAGCUGGUCUUGAAGCAAGCCAGCAGGCUAGCUAAUGAAAUCCACAGCUGCAAAGGAGGAGGAAGAAGAAGAGGGAGGGUCUGUGAGAGAGAGACCCACACGAAUCGGACUGCCAAAGGGAGGUUUAGAGGUGGUUAGGUAGCUACUUGAUACUAAUCAAAGGGACACCCGUAGUAGUAUUGGAAUCAUCAAUUGGGUUUAUGACAAAAAAAACAAUAAAUCAGAUUCCGGUACUGUACCCUUCGGGAAAUCGUGGAAGCGUAAUUCAACGUGAACGGCGUUGACACCUCGCUGACAUCAUGGCUGAAUUUAGCAUCGAUCAGAACAAACUGCCUGGAGUAAAAGAAGUUGUUCGGGAUUUUGCUGUUCUGGAGGACCACUGCCUGGCCCAUAACCUCCAGGAGCAGGAAAUCGAGAGCCACUUGGCUUCCAACGUCCACAAGAGCCGUCUGGUGCAGCAGGACGUAGCGUUGGCCAAGCAGCUGCAGGAAGAGGAGGACCGGAGGGCCAAGGCCAAGGCCCACAGACAGCACAGAGACAUUGAGCGCAGUGACAAUGAGAUCGCCCAGGAGAUUCAGGAGGAACUGGUCCGACAGGCCAAGCAGCAGCGGAUGCAGGAGGAGAAGGAUGCGGCCAUCGCUCGUAAACUGCAGGAGAAAGAGAGGAAGGAGGAGAGGAAGCGACAGAAGCAGCUGGAGGCCAACUUUGAGGAGGAGUACUACGAGGAUAAUGCCAUCCUCCCUCCCCUCAACCCAGCCAGCCGAGCUUCUCUGGACCUGGAUGACAAACCCAGGUGGCCUGGUUCUAACUCUCUCUCUUUGGAGAGAGAUGCUGUGGAGACUAGAACCAACUCUCUUUCCAGAUACCCUGAGCACCAUUUAGAGGGUAGGGAGGGGAGAAGGGGCAGGCAUGGAGAUGCACACCCUGAGCACCACCGCUCCAGUAGCAGGGGCAAACAUGGAGACAGGUACCCCGACUACCACCACCCCACUGAGGGUAUAAGCAGAGGGAAGGAGGGCCAGAGGAGCAGAGACCACCAGGGGCCCCAGUCAACCUUCUUUGCAGACAACCAUGAGCCCAGGAGACAGCGAGAGGAGGGGGAUAGGGUGGUCAGGAGGAAGGAGAGGCCCGCCCGGCCGCCCCCACCAUCCCAUAUCCCUGUGAAGAGAGGCGAGGCUUCGGAUAGAGCGAGACACCGGGAGUGGGAGAGAGACGGGGAACGAGACAGACAGAGAGAACCCAGGAGAGAUGAGGAAAUUGAGAGAGACUCACCAAGACAGGAAAGACACGGAGAGCGAUUGAGAAACCAAGAGCAUGGCCGAGACAAAGACAGACACCGAGAGAGAACCAAGAGCAGGGAACGAGGUCUGGAUGAAGUUCAGGACGAGCCCAUCCCCAGUAGCCGCAGCAGGGCCUGGAACAGUGGUGGGGAGGAGGCCCCUAGCUCUGGGGAUGAUCAAGAGGGGAAAGGGGGGGCCAGGGCCCGCCUGACGCUCCUCUCUGGCCCCAGUGAGCUGUGUGAGGAGGCGGCAAGGAGGAGCCCCAGGAUGGGGAGAGAGCGAGGGGAGAGGGGACACAGGGACCCUGGGGAGGGCCCCAGCACGGGCAAGGAAUGCUCCCAUACUCACCCCGCUCCCAGGGAGCCAGGUCGUAUCGUUCAAGGAGGACCAGGGAAUUACGGGCUGGGCGAGGCCACCCAGGGCAUCACUAAGCUGGACCUGCGGGAGCAGGAGCUGCUGGACAUGGAGGUGGCCCGGAAACUACAGGAGGAAGAGGUGAAGGCAAGCAAGCUGGACAAGCGUGCGGCCCAAGUGGCUCAGGAUGAGGAGAUAGCCCGGCUGCUGAUGGAGCGGGAGAAGAUGGAGUACAAGAAGUCCAGAGAGAAGGAGAAGCAGGGGAUGAGGCCCGAAGAGAGGAGGAGGCCAGAGGGAGGAGACUACAAGCCAAGCUCAGAGGAGGUAGUGCAUCCCAGACUACGAGAGGAGGAAUACCAGAAGCCCAGGAACCACCAAAAGCCUGCCAGGCCUUCUCAACCUCCUCCCCAUAACUAUGAGAAUGUGGAGUCCAGCUACUCAGGGAGCCACUAUUCUUCCGGGUCUCCAGCGCGACCUGAGGCGUCUUACAAAGGUGUCUAUUACAGACAGUGACCGAGGCUUCCUAAACCGUCCAUCUGAGUUUUUAUUACUAUUAUUUUCAUUGCUGUAUUUUUAAAACUCCCAUCACUUUCUAUUGGCCAAGAGCCUUGUACCUAGUCGUUGGCAGUGGGUUCGGGGAGGGUGUUGGUCAAGAGGGGCAGCUGAGAGCUGAAACUCACACGCUGUCAUUUGUUUUCUAUUUUAAUUGGCGCGACAACAAAGACAACCGAAAGGAGACGCCUAGUGAUAUUCUAACUCCUUCUGGCUCUUAACUGUGGAUGAUGGUGACAUUCUAUCUCCUGCUGGCUCUUAACUGUGGAUGAUGGUGACAUUCUAUCUCCUGCUGGCUCUUAACUGUGGAUGAUGGUGACAUUCUAUCUCCUGCUGGCUCUUAACUGUGGAUGAUGGUGACAUUCUAUCUCCUGCUGGCUCUUAACUGUGGAUGAUGGUGACAUUCUAUCUCCUGCUGGCUCUUAACUGUGGAUGAUGGUGACAUUCUAUCUCCUGCUGGCUCUUAACUGUGGAUGAUGGUGACAUUCUAUCUCCUGCUGGCUCUUAACUGUGGAUGAUGGUGACAUUCUAUCUCCUGCUGGCUCUUAACUGUGGAUGAUGGUGACAUUCUAUCUCCUGCUGGCUCUUAACUGUGGAUGAUGGUGACAUUCUAUCUCCUGCUGGCUCUUAACUGUGGAUGAUGGUGACAUUCUAUCUCCUGCUGGCUCUUAACUGUGGAUGAUGGUGACAUUCUAUCUCCUGCUGGCUCUUAACUGUGGAUGACGAUGUGGAAGAUGAAGAUUUAAAAAAGAGUGAAGUGUUCCUGUUUUGCUGUAUUAGUCGUUUGCUGGCGUUUCUGUCCCUCCGUGGAUCAUGCUCGUCAUGGUGGAUCAGGCCUUUGCUGGAUAUAUAACUGUACAGUCUCUAUCUAUGGCUGUCUAUGGGAUGUGCCUGUCUUUGGAGCCAAAAUGGUGGCCGCGUGGUCCUGUGCACUCCCAGGUUCCAGUUCUCCUGUCCUUGUAUCGUGCUGCACAUCAAGGCUGAACAACAACAUGACCGACCCAGUCCAGAACUCUAUUAUAUCAGGAGAAUGGAUCUUUGUAUUAUCAUCUUCCAGUCCGGAAGCGAAUGGUGAUCGUAUGUGGACUUGUUGCUCUCUGCAAGCGCUCUACCUGUGUUCCCAUGUCUUUCUAAGGGGCUGGUGUAUAUAGCUGCUGAGAAUACGGACUUGGAGGUGAAGUGUUAUAGGACACACUGCUAUCAUUGUGUUUUUACGUGCAUACUUACUGAAUGUGUUCUGUUCUCUUUGUGAAACUCUGACAAACCCCAAUGAGUUGUUUUGUGGAUUAACAAAACAUGCUAUUUUAAAUAUUAGCCCUAAUAUAUUUGAUUGGAUGUGCCGUCAGUGUGCCGUCAGUCUUUGAUUUUGUCUGAUCUGCUUACAAACUGGCAUUGGCAAAUGCUUUCAGCGCUAAUAGAAGUGGACCAGUAGGAAUUGAAUGCAUGUACAUUUCAGAUCUGUGCCAAACAUAACAUUGUGCUUGUUUUGUCAGAGCUGUAUUCACUAGGAACGGGACAAAACGGGGAGGGACCAACCUGAAUUUGUCCAAUAGAAACUCUUGUUUUUGUUGCAAAACAUUUUCCAUUGCGGUAUGUUUUGCUACAGUGUACAAAAAUGAAUACUCCCCAGGAUGUGUUUUUCCUAACCGACAGUGUCCAUUGAUUGAAUGGUUGACUCGUUGGUCGCCUGUUAAAGUGCAAGUCACAUCUGAAUGACUGUUUCUGCAUUUUAUUUACUUUUAUAUCAUUUUAUUUAAUCUUAUUUGGCAUCACUCUUAAAGGGCAUUUCUUGUUUCCUGUACAUUCCAUUCUUCAUGAAAUGCCUUCACUCCCUCUGUCUCACACACACACCACUCUCUAAGAGGGUUAUCACUUCCUGUGCGUGUAACAUGAGUAAACAUUCCCAGGGUUAACAAAGUGGAGGGAAGUAUCAGUCAUCCACUGAAUCAACAGAGCAAGUGAGAACAUGAUGUAAUUCCACUCAAUGGGACCUUUAGACUCAGACAGCUGGGCGAUGGGGGUCAACUUCUCCCGCCAGCUGGGUGAUGGGGGUCAACUUCUCCCGCCAGCUGGGUGAUGGGGGUCAACUUCUCCCUCCAGCUGGGUGAUGGGGGUCAACUUCUCCCGCCAGCUGGGUUGAUGGGGGUCAACCUCUCCCGCCAGCUGGGCGAUGGGGGUCAACUUCUCCCGCCAGCUGGGCGAUGGGGGUCAACUUCUCCCGCCAGCUGGGCGAUGGGGGUCAACUUCUCCCGCCAGCUGGGCGAUGGGGGUCAACUUCUCCCGCCAGCUGGGCGAUGGGGGUCAACUUCUCCCGCCAGCUGGGCAAUGGGGGUCAACUGCUCCCGCCAGCUGGGCGAUGGGGGUCAACUUCUCCCGCCAGCUGGGCGAUGGGGGUCAACUGCUCCAUGGCCAGUUUCGUCUUUGUUGUUUCCCGUAUUGAAUGAGGGUGGUAAUAGUGGCGAUAGAUUAAACACUUUUUGAUUACCAGACUUCAUACUUUAAUAGGAUCCACGCUAUAUCAAAGGGAUUACAGGAGACUAUAUAGGGACUGUUAGAGGCAGGGUAGCCUAGUGGUUAGAGCGUUGGACUAGUAACCGGAAAGUUGCAAGUUCAAAUCCCCGAGCUGACAAGGUACAAAUCUGUCGUUCUGCCCCUGAACAGGCAGUUAACCCACAGUUCCUAGGCCGUCAUUGAAAAUAAGAAUUUGUUCUUAACUGACUUGCCUAGUUAAAUAAAUGUAAAAUAAAAAGAGAGAAUACAUCCCAAAAUUGCACCAUAUUCCCUAAUAUAUAUAUAUUAGUGCACUACUUUUGAGCAGGGCCAAUCGUGCUUUGGUUAAAAGUAGGGAUUAGGGUGCCAUUUGGGACGGAGACAUACUGUACUGCCAAUGGUCAUGGUACCACCAUGUUCAUAUCAUGUAUUAUAGCCUAAUUAUUGUGUAUUACAUAUAAAGAGUAAUCCCACACAGUUUCCAGUUUGAUCUAAUGAAAUGUUAUGAUUCCGUCGUAUUUACAUUUUUCCAUUGAGUGAUGUUCAUCAUAGUCUAUGAUGGUGUUUUUGUUGUUGAAAUGCUUUGUCCAAGUUGGUAGCGUCUGCCUCAAUACUUUUUAUUUUUUUAGACUUCUGUGCGUAUCAAAGACAUUCUAGAUGUGUGAAAUGUUCUGACUUGUUGGAUGGAUGGGAUUUGUGCCAUAGGGAUGUUUUUUGUUUUUUUCAGGGACUUGUAGAUAACGGGGAAUCUCAGCUCCUUCUAGGGUAAUGACGGUGAGGAGUAUUGGUGUAGAACCGCCCAGAACUGAGAUCUGUCUUUUCUGUGGGAUAAUAGCACCAUCUCGUGGACAUAUUGAAUAUCAAAUGAAAACAUGUACAUUAUCUGAUCACACAGUGAAUGCAUAUUGGGGAUUGCUGUGUAAUGAUUGUCCUAUAUGCUUUGAGUGCAAUCUGAACCGAAAUCAAGUGUAAUAUUUUUGUUUUGCCAUCCAGAGCCUGAAUGCAAUCUACAAAUGAAAUCAUAAAAGUGACUGUUGACACUUACUGUGACUGUUUUGUAUAAUGAAAUGAAUAAACAGUUGACAUUGA